AUGACUACUCCGCCAAAAGACACCGUGACAGACCCAAAGUCGUAUACAGACAGAGACUUGCUUCUCCUAACCCAACUCCUUCAUACAGCAGGCCUUAUAGCGCCUGAAGACGUUCGUGCGAGCAAUCUCGAUGACUUUGGAGAAAAGUGGUUUCAGCAUAAAAGCACGGCGCUAGCCCGACAGUUGGAAGAAUUUCCCCUCUCAAACGCGCCUUCUGGACUCCAGGUAAGGGAACUUUACAACGCCAUGCUCGAGCAGUACCCAAAUUGCAAAAACACCACGGAUCUAGCCAACACGUUUUACUUUCAGCGCAUUCGCGAUUUGGAAUCGAAAAUCGCCGACUCUAAGGCAGAGUUCCAGGCUCUAUUGGGCGAAUAA